AUGGCUCGUGAGCUUCAGAAGAAACUUGAGGAAAUGGUUGCAUAUGAGAUGAUUCAAACUCUCAAGGAAAUAUAUGAGAGGAAAGAACAUCAAGAGAGUCGUCGUCAUCUUACAGGCACCACCCCGCAACAGCCUUGCAAAGAAAAGUUCAGCGAAUGGCCUCAUGGACUGCUAGCAAUCGAAACAUUCGGCAACAAAAUCAAACAAGAACCAGAGAAACCAAAUCCACAACAAGAUAUUCAUGUUAAUCAUCUACACGGCCUUACACCAGAAGAAGUAGGGAAGCUUCAGAAAGAGUUCAACUUGAUAUUUCAAGAACACGUCGAACCACCACCUACUGGAUUCUCCGAUGACCACUGCAGCACCAGUUUAGUCCACAGUAGAUGGAAAGAUGUAAGCUUGGAUAACUCCAAAGCUGCAAUAGGGAAGAAAUCAUUAUUGUUUCUUUUAAAGAAGAUGUUCGUUUGUAUAAAUGGAUUCUCACCGGCUCCCAUUAGUUUAAGGGACCCAGCCCUGGAGUCAAGAAUGGAGAAGAUGUUGAAAACUAUACUUCACAAGAAGAUAUAUCCACAAAACCAUGGCAACAAAUUGACUACCAAGAAAUCCCUAGAGAGCAGUGCUCAUAUUGCCAGGACUAUCAAUGGAGAUGACAAGACAGAAAAGGCAGACGAUGGAAGUAAAUGGGUGAAAACAGAUUCUAAAUAUAUUGUUUUGGAAAUAUAA